AUGUUCACAGCCCGAAACCUCAAGUUCUACCCGCUAUCCCUGAAGCUGGCGAUGGGCGACGGGGGUCCUCUCCGGUUCCUUGCCGACGCCGUGCCGCCCUUCCUCGUCGAGAACUGCCAGGGGACCAAGAAGCCAUUCGACGAGCUCUCGACCUGGGAGCUGCUGAAUCUGAAGCCUUCUACAAUCCUCGACCUCCCGACCCGCCUUGCAACCGAGUGCAGCAUCUCGCCGGCAUUCCUGCAGACCGCGCUCAACGACUACCUCAUCCAGACCCUCGGCAAGGAUGAGCUGGAGAAGAGGUUCGGGAUCAAGAAUUCGCCCAAGUUCCUCAUCAGCACCACGAAGCACUACUCGUGGCCGAAAGGCGGAGCCAUCGCCGGCCUCGGAUCCGACUGCUUUAUCGACAUCCAUGUCGACGACGACGCGCGCAUGGACAUGACCGACCUGAGGCGACGCCUCGACGCCUGCAUCGCGCCCAAAGACGAGAACGAGCGCACGGGCGUGUUCGGCGGCGUGGCCAUUAUCGGGUCGACGGAGCACGGCGCCUGCGACCCCAUCGCCGAGCUUGUCCGCGUGCGCAGCGAGUACGAGAAAAAGGGCCUCUCGUUUGCCAUCCACGCCGAUGCUGCCUGGGGCGGCUAUUUUGCCGCCGACAGCAUCACCAUCGACCCGCACAAAUCAGGCUACAUCAACUACCCUGCCGGCGGCCUCUGCUACCGCGACGCGCGCAUGAGAUACCUCAUCACCUGGACAAGCCCUAUCGUGUACCACGCCGGCGAUGACACUGGGAGCAUGGGUGUCUAUGGCGUCGAGGGCAGCAAACCCGGGGCAUCGGCGGUGGCCACCUGGCUGACGCACAAGACGCUGGGGCUCCACGAACGCGGAUACGGAAGACUGCUCGGAGAGCCGUCUUUACAUGCACCAAGGCAACUUUAUUGCUACUGGGCCACCCUGACGGCGCCCGACUCCGACCUCAUUGUCGUUCCGCUUAUCCGCCUCCCUACCGAGAAGGAAGGGAAGGACCAGAAGCAGAUCGAGGAGCAGAAGGACUAUAUCAGGAAACAAAUUCUGGGAGUGAGCAACGAAGAACUCACCAAAGACGAGAAGGCCCUCGAACUCCUGAAGAAGCUGGGCGGUGAUCUCAUGAUCAACGCCUUUGCCUGUAACUUCAGGAUCGACGGCAAGCCCAACACCAACGUGGUCGAGGCAAACUACCUCAACGAGCGCAUCUUCAAGCGCCUCUCGGUCACGUCCGUGGACGACGUCGUCACGGAGAGGCCGCUGUUCCUGACGCAGUCCAGUUUCGGCGAGAAGGAGUAUGGUUCGUGCCUGCAGCACUACAAGCGCCGCCUCCAGCUGGACGAUGGGAGCGGGCGCGGUGCACACGGCGACCUCAAAUUCCUCGUAAAUGUGACCAUGAGCCCGUGGCCCACCGACUCUCCCUUCCUCAGCGCGCUCGCCGAGUCGUUCAGGGAGAUAGCCGAGGAAGAAGUCAAGCGCUGCAUCCAACGCAACACGGUCACCCCGUCCAUCCACGGCUUCGUGAUGCAGGGCAUCGAAAAGCUCUUCCUCGUCCACCUCCCCAUGUUCAACAUGGCCAACCACCGCUGGCAGCUCGUCCUCACGGCCGACCUCCCCGCCACCGCCAGGGACCAGUACCACAAGCUGCGGAGCGAGAACCCGACCAAGGUCUACACUGUGGCCAACACCGCGCCCAGGGUCCUCGGGAGCAUCCUCGAGCCGGGCGCCUCGGUGCACUUCGAGCUCACCAACGUCCGCGCCGUCGUGCGCGAGUCCAUGGCGCUCGACAAUCUUGACGCGGCGUACCCGGACAGGAUGCCGUUCUACCUCUACGGCAGCGGAGGGGAGCGCCACGUCGAGCACGUGCUCAAGACGUCGCCCAACGCCCAGCUCAACUCCGACUGCGUGUCCGUCGCCGUGCGGCCUGAGCUCACCGAGGAGCAGCUCUCCAAGGGCGUGGUGGCCGUGUUCGAGACGGUGUUUGAGAAGGCCAUGCAGCCCCUACCGGGCCAGCUGGACACGGCACAGAUCCCCGGCCUAUCUUUCGAGCCUGGCGCCAAGCACAGGGUAUCGGUGUAUAACAGCCUCGCCGACUCGAGAAGUGGGACGGCCCAGCCCAUCGCGAGGGGAGAGAUUACCUUGGGCAAGACGGUGUACGCAGACUGGGAGGAGGUUAACAAGGACCCCACAAUUGAGGACCACUAG